AUGGCUGGAACUUUAGGGCAGUACGUUCGGCAAGAAACGCCAAAAGAUGCCUGUAUCUUGACUUGCUACCAUGUCGUGCAAGCGGCACCCAGUGAGCCGAGUCCGGAGGCCAAAGAAGCCUCGAGCUUUGUGUGCUCCAUCAUCGUCUGGCCAGCAGAUGACUACCUGUCACCGAUGCUUGCAUCGCUGGUCGUGGGUCUCGCUAGGGACCGAGAACAGCUAUUAUGGUACGAAACUGAUCCUGCCGAGUCAACUGUUGUAGAGAAGUUGCGUGCGCGGAUCCAAGCUGACGUAGCUGUGCGGGAAGGACUCAUCACUCAGCGUACCAUUGGCACCGUGUGUGCAGCCAAUUUCCGCCUUCCGACGCCUGUGAAUCCGUCGUCCUCCAGUGGUUGUGUCCUGGUGCGAGUCAUCAUUACCUACACUGCGGCCUUGAACGCAAUCAGUUCGUUUCCGAAGAGAGUCUGCUCCAGCUUCACAGGCUCUGCCGAACUGCAAGGACGGGAGAAGUUGAGUCUGAUUGGGCGCACGUCUGGUCCCCGGACGGCAUGCUGA